AUGAACCUCAAAAGGCAUGGGAAAAACGAAAUUAAUUCAAUUUCCUCGGUUUCUUCUCAUGCAGCCGGGGCAAUAAACCCCCAAAAAUCUGGCUGGCGACCUAUCUAUCUACGAAAAUGGGUUUUGAUUUUGUUCGUGAUAACUUUCUGCGCAAUUAUCGCCGUCCUCGAAGUCCUCAACUACGUAUCCUCUGCCAAUCAGGGUCUCGCAUCCUCCGUUGAAAGCCGCCACUACCUCUGGACCUACGGACCAACCGCUAUUCUCACUGUUAUUGCUGCACUAUGGGCACGCGUGGAAUUUCAAGCAAAACAAAGCGCGCCAUGGCAAGCGAUGUUCGAAAAGCCAGAAGAGCCUGAAAAGAGUGUGCUCCUCGACUACAUCUCUGGGAUGCAACCCGUUGCACUGGUCAGUGCUAUGGGAAACAAGCACUAUGUUGUUGCUGCUGGAAUUGCCUGCUCCCUUCUCUUGCGACUUCUCAUCAUUGUCUCCACUUCCUUGUUCAGCUUAGAAGAGGUGCAAGUGUCGAAAAGCAAUGUUCCGAUCCUGCUUCAAGGCAAUUUCAGCACGCUCAGUGUCUCUGAUUUUUCCAACGCCGUUUACAAUCCAUUCAACGUCAUCAAUGGCAUUCUCUUCGCAGAUGUUUCCUAUAUGGACGGUACCACUGCGAAUCUCACUUUUCCAACCUUUUCUGCUCCGACCAUUUCCAACGAUUCCGUCAUUAUGGCAAACAUUACUGGCCUCGUUUCCAAUCUAGACUGUGAGUCUGCUCAUCUCGAUAUAAAUCUUUGGCAAUUGCAGACGGUUUGGGUCGGGUCCAAGUCUCCCGGGGGCACUGUUCAGGUGGAAGAUAAUGUACUUUCGUCCUCAACGUGCGAUAUAUCCAAUGUGUCCAUUUCGAUUCCAUCUAAUCAGGAGACUGGUGCCCAGGUCACUUCAAAAACCCCUUUUGCCGCACGGCUCAAGUCUGGGAAAUGCAGCAACAGCGAUGAUCUGAAUGAAAAUCGCGUUAUAAUGAUAGCUGUGGAAGCUCAUUUGGGUAAUUCUACUGAAUCGCCAUACGGCAAUUUCACAGCUGAUGGAAUUGAUUUUUAUGGAAAUUCUGAUUGGCAUAGAACAACGGUUAAUAUCACUGCCAAGCGUGUAGUGGCGGCUAUCUGCAAGCCGACUUUCUCAAUUCUCAGGAUGAUGGCAACGACUAAUACAACCGAUAAGUCGUCGACUACCCAUCUUGAGGUGACUGGUAUUGAGCGAACGGACUUACCGCACUUGACAGCGUGGCAAGUUGCGAAAAACAUUUUGGAAGAGUCUGUUGACAUCGAUAUCUACCAGCCGAUUGUUGAUUCAGAUCAAUUCCGAGCUACAAAUAAGACGCUGGUAGACGUUGACUACUCCAUACAACUAGGUGCCAAGUUUAUCGGAGAAACUGGAAGCAUCGAUAAUUUGCUCAAAGAUGGAGUUCUUUCGAAUGCCGCUUCGACAUAUUAUCGUGCAAUGGGUGCUCAGUUGGUUCACCAGGGGCUUAUAUCACAGUCGCAGUCGGCUUCUCUUGGCUCGGCAGUUGUUAGUGAGAAUCGAGUCAUCAUGGCCCAGGUGCCACUCCGCGCCAUGGAAGCUUGUUUAACUCUAAUAACCAUGUUCGCAAUAACGAUGGUUGUCUUGGUCACUACUGCGCAGCUGUCACCUUUCAACCCAACCUCUAUCGCUGCCGUCGCUGCAAUAUUGUCGAACAGCAAAGUGCUUCGGGAAUCUCUCUGUGGGAGCAGUGCUACGCGUUUGAAACGUCUCUCUCAAAUUCUACAGAGGCGGCGCUAUUAUACGGAGCGUACACCAGAAGGGUUCUGUAUCGCUGCCGUGGGCGAUGAGACUAAAAGUCACAUCGAAUACAACGACACUAAACUUAAACCUCAGAAACCACAGUGGAGCCCACUUCCAAAUAAGAUGUUUCGUGUGAUCAUUUUUAUUGUGGUGACAUUGUUAAUAGUCGCUUUGGAGACUCUUUUGUACUUUUCUCAAUCCAACGACGGACUUGGAGAUGUCCCUUCAAAUGAUGAAACCAUUCACUACCUGUGGACCAUGAUUCCAGCACUGGUUAUGGUCAUAAUUGGCCUUCUUUUUGGAAGUAUGGACUUCAACACCAGGUGUCUGGCACCAUACGUUAGCUUGAAGCACGAGACCGGUGCAUCUUCACAGUUUAUGGCUAUGGAUUUUCUUGACUCAUUAAGCACAACCACCAUCGUCAAGUCCGUUCGAAUGAAGCAUUUCGCCGUCUUGGCUGCAACACUGGCUACGCUCAUCACCUCUUUCUUGACCAUCGUCACGAGUGGUCUCUAUACAGCAGUCAACGUACCGGGAAAGAUCACAAUGGACUUCACCCAAGAGACAAGCUUCCAAGGAGCCUCCUCUGGUGACUACGAGACUGGUGUCUUGACAGCAGAAUAUAUCCUCCAAGAUAAUCUCGCUUAUCCGAGAUGGACAUAUAAAGAGCUCGCCUUUCCCAAACUAUCUAUGAACACAACCACCAAUAGGAAUUUAUCGGACUCGUUCGUCGAUAUCCUCGUCCCCGCAAUGAGAGGAACCGUCGCCUGCAAGCUCCAAACAGGAGACGAACUAAACGCAACAUUCAGCUCAAGUGAAAUGACAAUCACCUACGACAUCUUAAAUGAGCCAUGCAGUUUCAACAGCACAUCUUGGACAAAACAAACCCUGACUUUCGACCUAGAGCCCCACACUCUCUUUGGUCGUUCGGUGCCCAACACGUGCGUUGGUGACCAAGCUAGUGGCACGGUCAAGGUUAGUGCUUCAAGCAUUGCCACUAUGUCCUAUAUAUGGGGUACAAUGCAAAAUGACUCUUUUAAACACAUCGCGGCUUUGACAUGUCAAGAAUCAGCAGAGAUAGUGGAUACACAAACACGGUUCAUUCUUCCUGAUUUUGAUAUCUCGGAGACCAAUCCACCCGUUCCAGAUGAAUCGACUGCACGAACAGCAAAGAAUUACACGACUAGUGAUGCAUGGGGUACUAUGUCACAGAGCGAUCCUGGUGUAAUGUUCGAUUCUUUCUUCCAAUCGCUUAUUUUUGGAAAAUAUGCCAUUCCGGAAGAAUGGGUUGGCAGCAAGGCGUAUAAUCAGAAGGUCAUCGAUGCCAUUAAAUUUCAGAACAUUUUUAUGAGAGCGCAAGUUUUCAAUACGUUCAAUCGAGAGACGGUGGAUGGGUCUGGUGUUUCGCCUCUGGCAGGGAAUGUUACAACGUCCGGACAGCGGCGCUUGUUUCAGGAUGUUGUUUCGACACGGGUUCUGGACAUUUUACUUGGCCUGUUACUCCUUUUGGGGAUUUCUGGUUCUGUGCUGAUGAAUACCGAUCAUGUUCUUCCAAAAAAUCCAUGCAGCAUUGCUGCUGUGGCUAGUCUUUUGGCGGAUUCGAAUUUCUUGCAUCGGUUUGGUGCAGAUGUGGAUCCGAAUGAUAAAGGGAUUGAGAAGCUUUUUUCGAAUUGUCGGUUUUUUCUUGGGUUGUGCUAUGAUGGACCUUUGAGGGGGUCUAAUGAUGAUCGAUUUACUGUUUAUCUUACGGACUAUGGGAUUGAGAAGGAUCUUCCUUUGGCUCCCGAGGAGAUGAUAUAA